CCUGACAAGCGAGACAGACGGAAAGAGCGUGAAGAGCGAUUUAGUUUUAGGGAAUAGUUGUACCUGAAGAGCUCACCCCAGCAUGAUGCUUGAGGAAACAAGACUAAGAAGCAGCGUCUUUAUACAGGGCUGUCCAGAGUUUUUGUACUAGGUAGAAGAUACCUGCAUGGAUGAUUGAUAGUUUGGAGUUCAUUUUGUCUUAUUUUCGAUGCCUCCCAAGAACUUUUCUCAUCAGAAGACGGAGAGCAUCUUGAAUCGCCAUCAUGUAGUGACUGAAGCAAUCAAAUUUUACGUGGUAAUAUAAUCGACAACUACAUCACCACCAACCACGACGAUUCACGAGACGAAAAAAAUGCUGCGGUCCUCUCAGUCUCUCGUCUCGUGCCUUGUGACAAUUUUUGAUUGCCGCUCGGUUUCGAAGCAGGUGUGGCGAAAAAGCACGACGCAGCUGCAAAGGUGGAGAAGACAAAAGCACACCUUCGACUUCGAAAGCAAACUUGUCUGAUGUUGGCAAAAAACAAGAAAGAGCUACUCCUGCUGCAAAGAGCACGAAAAAGGACGAGGUGAACCCAACUAAGUAUGCUGCAAGAACAGGCGCCACAGGAAGACCACACAAGAAAACAAGUCUACGACCAAGAAGGACAAAUCCAGCAAGAAUUAGAAAGAUCAAGUGUAAAAACAAAUCAGCAUCGUCCGACGUAGCAGCUGGCGAGUGAAAGCCGACUCGUACUCAUCGAACACUGCUCAUGGUCGUGAAACUUUUCAACCCACUGGUGACCGGCGUCGCACCUCCUCCAGCAGGCAAGAAGCAGCAGGACGAACCCUUGACCCAAUUGUUGCGUGCUUUAUCAAUAUGGGCGCAAAGUCUGAGCACCUCAAAUAGAAUACUACUAUGUACUUAUUUAUGUAUGACGAGGCAUUGGAGGAGGCCUAGGCCUUCAGUAUGUAAGGAAAAUUGACACUCGAACAAGUUUCGGCUUUUAUUUGUUCUUGUAAUAGAGUAUCAAAAUCGUCUACCCAGAAGAAGUCGCUACUGCAAAGUAUCGCAGCAUCCUUAUUCUUGUCACGACGACUAUUUAUUUGAUUUUGUCGCGGAAGUAUCAUCUUCAUCAUCACAGCCACUCAUAUACUUUCUUGCCAGUCAUCGAUGGCUCUCAGUCAUUUCUGUAAUUGAACUUGUUCAAUAGCUCGAGGCGAGGCGAGGGGAUAGAAGCACUUCAAUCUGCUCCCAUCAAAGUCAAGCUAUCGACCAGAGCUGUACUAGCGCGUAGGCUGAACUACUUGAACAAGUUUUGGCUGAAAAUAUUUCCACAAGAAUAUUAUUAUUAAUGGAAGUCGGUCUAGGUCUACUCGACGUCGACAGUUCGCUCUAUGUAUGGAAGGGCUCCGGUGCAAUUACACGCUCUUGCGCCUCUGAUGAAUCACUGGAACCAAACUCCGAUGAUUAUUGAAGGACAAAACAGGAACAGCAUGAUGCAAGUGGUUGAGAACGAGCGCGUUCUUUCUAGUCCGCUGCGUUUUUUUUGUCCGACGAUGCUGCCUUGAUGCUGACAAGCAUGAUUGUAC